CUCUAUCUCUGUGUUGAGUCAUUGCCCAGCGAGGUAGUGCUGUCACUGAGCAAGCACUGUUACAAACGAGAAGACAACUGUUCUAAAAUGACCUCUGAGGACACAAUGACAAGAGCACAGGAAUGUAAACAUGAAUAGAACAUGGAGCUCUAAAUGGAUGCGAACAUGGACAGUGGAUGGAAUCAGACACAUUUGCUGAAUCUGUGGAGUGACUGAGGUAAACAGAUGGGCAGAAAAAGAAGGAGCUAGAUGGAAGAAAGAUGCCAGAGUGACUGAAACUGUAAGGACAUCCUGGCCAACUUAUAAUCGUAAAGAGUCACCCCUUUUGUUGGAUGACAACUGAUGACGCAAGUAACAGUAAUGAGGGAUGAUGGGCAACGACGGCACCAGCAACACAACAAAUAUGGAGCAUCAUAUGCUGAUAGUUUGCUGGUAUUGAAAGAGGGAUGGAAGGAGCAUAUGAUGAGCUUGGGUAGAUGCUCAUCAACAAUGACUCUGGGCCAUCUGGCAACUGCCAAGCAUGCUGGGAUAGCAGAACUUGGCACCGACUAAUUGAUCAGUUGACGAGAAUGCUACAGCUAAGUAUGCUGGGACAUCACAAACAAUACAGCUGUGUGCCUGAGCAGUGAGGAUGAAGAGACAAGGCCAGAGGUUUGUCAAGGCAGACUACUAUGAACUGGACUGGUACUAUGAAGAGUGUACUGAUGUGUUGUGUGCUGACAGAGUGGGCCAGAUGACAAAGACCUACAGCGACAUUGACGCCGUCACUCGACUGCUGGAAGAGAAAGAGCGUGACUUGGAGUUAGCAGCUCGCAUCGGACAGUCGCUGUUGAAGAAAAACAAAGCCCUCAGUGAGAGAAACGAACUGCUGGAGGAGCAAGUAGAGCACAUGCGAGAGGAGGUCUCUCAGCUGCGUCAUGAUCUGUCCAUGAAAGAUGAGCUGCUGCAGUUUUAUUCCAGCGCUGCUGAGGAAAGUGAGGGAGAGUCAACAACCUCCACGCCUGCACGUCCCAGUGAAACCAGUGUGUCAACUCCAACUUUUUUCCCCUUGGACUCCUUGCAGAAGAAGCUCAAAGAUUUGGAGGAGGAAAACAAAUCUUUGCGAUCUGAGGCCAGUCAUUUGGAGACGGAAACAAUUUCUUACGAGGAGAAAGAACAACAACUUGUCAAUGACUGUGUCAAAGAGCUACGUCAUUCCAACCUGCAGAUUUCCACUCUGGCCGGAGAACUGGCCAGGAAGAAUGAAGACGCCUCCAGACAGCAGGAGGAGAUCACACACCUCCUUUCUCAGAUUGUAGACCUCCAGAAGAAGGCAAAACUGUACGCUGUGGAGAACGAGGAGCUGACUCAGCACUUAGGAGCAGCUAAAGACGCCCAGAGACAGCUUACUGCUGAGUUGCGGGAGUUACAAGAUAAGUAUGCGGAGUGUAUGGAGAUGCUUCAUGAAGCUCAGGAGGAACUGAAGAACCUUAGAAAUAAAACACUACCACUCAGCACACCUAGGCGUUUCCACUCUCUGGGCUUGUUCCCGAUGGACUCUCUGGCAGCAGAAAUAGAAGGCACCAUGAGGAAGGAACUUCAGAUGGAUGAUCCAGAUGUCGAAGAGCAGAGAUUGCACCCAAAGCGAGUGUUCCAGACGGUGAAAAACCUCAACCUGAUGCGCCAGCAACGUUCACCGCUGCCCCCCUCCUCUCUCAACAUCCCAGGCUCCAAUCGGACGUCAUGCUUCACCUCAGGACGAUCCAGCAGGGUGGACACACCUCCCUCUAACUCCAUUUAUGAUAGCGAGACGGGCAGUGGGAUCAUCCUGGACAACAGGACCAGCUGUAUUCUGGAGAGUUCAGAUGACUGGUCUGAGGACUCUAAUAAACGCCUCCCUGGCACCCCAGGCACCCCAGGCAGCAGGGACCUGGAAGCAGCUCUGCGGCGUCUGUCGCUCCGCCGUGACAACUACCUCUCAGAGAAACGUUUUCUAGAGGAGGAGAGGGAGAGAAAGCUGGCUUACCUUGCCAAAGAGGAGGAAAAAGAAGGUGGGGAUAGUAGCAGAGGCACAGGGACCCCGACUGAGAGCCUGUUGUCACUGUGCUCACAUCCAUCCUUCGGAAGUGUCUGGUCGGGAUAUUCCUUCACAGCGAGAUCCUACCUGCCAGAGAAGCUGCAGAUUGUAAAGCCGCUAGAAGGCUCCGCUACUCUUCAUGCAUGGCAGCAGUUGGCUCAACCCCACAUGGGCGCUCUGCUUGAUCACCGGCCCGGUGUGGUCACCAAGGGCUUUCGCACUUUAUCCCAUGACCAGGGUCAGGAAGACAGCUGGCAACUUGACCAACCAGAGGAGGAUGAAGUCUUGUGUGACUCCUUUCCUGGCUUGUCAGAAGAAAGUGUUGCUCCUUUCGAUCUGAUGAGCUCUACCUCAGCUUCCUCUCCCCGCUGCAACAAAAACAGUGGCAUCGAUGACAGUAGCCAGUCAGAAAUAUUGAAUAGUGAAGUGUGUGGCGAUAUAGUGGCGAAUCAAGGAAAAGAUGGACUUGUUGAAGACACGCCAUUUUCCUUAUCCAGACCUUCCCUUUCCUCUUCUCCUCUUCCCUCGUCUUCUGAGAUGAUGAAUGGCCACGUGGUCCUUAAGGAGCUCCAGGCCUUGCAGCCUGCCACAGUGGAGCGCAUGCCUGCUGUAGUUAAUUUCCCAGGAAAGUGUAUGUCCCAUACCAGCUCCACCUACACCUUCACCACCUGCAGGAUACUUCACCCCUCUGAUCAACUGACCUCAGUGUCAGCAAGCUCUUGCUACAACAGUCCUCGUAUCAGCACCCCCACUUCCACUUCCUCUCCUGUUCCCUUCUCUGCAUCCUCUACUCCUUCCUACACCCCCUGCUGCACCCCACGCCGCCUCUCCCUCUCUCUUCCCCUCGCUGAGUCCUCCACCAACCUUAGGGACAACACCAAGACCACCAGCACCUCUCUUGGACUGGUGCGCCUCCUUCUGGAGCACGGGAUCUCUGCAUCAGUCUACAACCCCCGAAGCUGGGACAGAGGGCUGGUUUCCAGUGGAGCUUCAACUCCUGAUGGAAGAGCGCAGGCACAAACGUGUACCAUCACAUCAGAGGAGACUGUUGUCCGACAGUUAGAGAAACGCCCCAACACCCUUUUCCUCCAGCCCUACACACCACCCAACUCCCCUCGCUCCAAAUCUGCCUUCUCUACCAACACUGUUCCAAUUUUUCAGUUCAGCCCUUCCACUGAUGAACCUCCAUACCAAGACGCCUUCCUUGCUUCCAAACCAGCUCGCACCAUUCUGAGGGAAGUGCUGGGGGAGAUGGAGAGGGAGCGAGUAGACCACAUGGAUGAAGACACCCAAACAGAGAUGCUAAACCUGCGACUCGUGGACAAACUGAAACGUUUCCACACUCUAACCCCUCUUACUUCUUCGGUGUCACCUGGGAAUACUCUUUUAGCCCCCUUUACCUCCACUGGACUGGGAAACAGUGCUCUGGGUGCGGGACUUCCAGGACUGAACGCAGGACUGAGGAGGAAUCGAAGCUAUCCUGUUAUGGUGGGAGCAAGUAUGGCUAUGAAAGACCCUGGCGGUCCCCCCAACACACAGACAAUUAUUCCACAUACAAUACAACCCCCAAAUACACAACACACAGUGAACGCACAAGAAAUGCAAACAAAUCAUACGCAGGUCACAAAGCCCAUACACAUACCAAAGACACUGCAUGCACUGGAAGCGGUCACACCACAGACAAUAAUACAGAGACACACCAGACCGAGCAAUGACCGACACAGUGAUGAUGAAACUGUGACAUAAACAGUAUGCACUAACUAGCCACUAUAUUAGGUACACCUGUUCAUAUCUAAUCAGCCUUUCACAUGGCAGCAACUCAGUGCAUUUAGAAAUGUAGACAUGGUCAAUGGGACCUGCUUAAGUUCAAACUGAGCAUCCGAAUGGGAAAGAAAGGUGAUUAAAGUGACUUGUGGCAUGUUUGUUAUUGCCAGACGGCCUGGUCAAAGUAUUUCAGAAACUGCUGAAAUCUCCUGGGAUUUUCAGGCACAACCCUCUCUAGUGUUCCUAGAGAAUGGUUUUUGAGAAAAUAUCCAUUGAGUGGCAGUUCUGUGGGAGAAAAAUGUCUGGUUGAAGCCAGAAGUCAGAAGAGAUGAUAGAAAGGCAACUCACAUCAGUGACUCAAUCAUGCAUUUGUUGUAACCAAGGUAUGCACGAGGCGUUCUCUGAAGACACAACACUUUGAAUCUUGAAGCAGAUGGGCUACGACAGCAGAAGACACCGAGUGCCACCCCUGCCACUGUGUAACGUCUCUGCUGUACCUAAUAAAGUGGCAGGUAAGUGUAUUUACACACACAGAACAAUACUCUGAUAUGCAUAGACACUCGAAUCUAUUCACAUGUCCCCAUGUCAAACAUAACUUAUACAGACAUCCUUCAGCUUUGGAGUUUCCCCCAGAGAAAACGAGUUCACUGAUGAAUAACACAGUUCGUCCACAAACUAAAAAACAACAAAGUAUGUGUCAUAAUGAAACCAGUGGUGGCUGAAACUGUUACACUGUGCUGUUCUCAUAAUGUCAGGAUACUGAUGAUGCAGUAUGUUGCUUUCCUGUGUUCUUUGUACUUGUGAUAUCGUGAAUGCCAUAUAUGUCAUUUCUGGUAUAACAUUAAAGACCCAAUCUGGUGAAAGAACUGCACAGCUUUCCCAAAACCUGUUUUCCCCCCUGCCUCAUUCUGAAUGAGUCCACACUGAAGAUGGAUGGCAACAUUAAUUAAGAAUGUACUGUACUGACAAACUACAAAAGCCAUUUUGUCAGAAUUGUCAUGUAUGUGUCUAGUUUUCUGUCUUUUUUUUUGGAACAUGCAAAAAAAAACCAAGGUAUUUUUAGUUUCUUGCUAUCAUUUUUGUCUAACUGUCAUUGCAGUUUUCACUUCGUGAUAAAGGAUGGAAGAGCCAAGGACAGAGAUUAGAGUCAAAGUCAACACAGGCAAUUAUGAUAUUUUCAAAAAUUAAAUUGUUUGGGUCUGCACCUUAUUGGGCUAGAAUUAAACAGCACAGUGACAUGUGGCAUUAUAGAUUAUUUUCUACUAGCAACUCUUUAUUUUCACUCGGUGUGUUUAUAAUAUGUAAAACAUAAAUCUGGAUUGGGGUUUUAAUGUUUCCUCUUGCUGUGACUAAAUGUUCAUAUGUGCCUAAAAACAGCUUAUAGUUUUUCUCAUUGAAGUUUCAGCUUGUUUAUUUGUUUGUUUGUUUGAUUUGAUUUUUGUUAGAUGGAGAGAAAGUUUGAAUGUGAAUAACUGAGAAUUCAUUUAUUAAGUCUCAACUUGCUGACAAAUGCUCAUUCACUGCAAGACGGACCAGGCUCAGAUAACCAUAUACUGAUUUUUAACCAUACUCUUAUAGAUGGAUGGACUUUUAUUGAUAUUUAGUGAGUGCACAUCUGAACAAAAUUGCAACUCACUCACCAUAUGCCGCCAUACAGUCAGUUCAUAGCAUGUGUUCGAGAAGGAUGCACAUGGAAUGACAUGGACAUAAAACUUCGCGACACAAUAAAAAUGUAGAUGGCGCUGGAAGGCGAGUAAAGGGGGGAAAGUGAAUUCUGCCACAAACUCUGCUGCACCCUGAGCUGUCAGUCAAAGCCAAAGUUACACCCACUUUGAACAUGAGUGGGACCACAAGAUUAUAAAUUAGGCAUAAUUGCAUGCCAAGACAGAUUUUUAACAUAGGUUCACUUUAUUUCCACAAUCUUCCUAAAAUAAAACAUGCAUACAUAUUUACAUAUGUCAAAAUCAAGCAUGUGCAAAGGGAAACAGCAAAUCAAUAUUUGCCAUUACAAUAUUUUUAUUUUUAUUAGUGUAAUUUGUAUCCAGAUGUUGCUUUUAUGAAAUAGAGACUGAACUUCUAUCGCUUUAUGUUGCUAAAAGUAUUUUUUUUUUUUUUUUCUGGUCCACUUCCUGUGUCCGUCCUCACGAAUGACCAUGAGACAUUGACUACAUUUUCUUUUUAGGCUUUUUUGAGGGAAGAUAAAGUGGACCUGAAUUUAAUAUAUAUAUAUCUAUGAGAAAUAUGAACUAUACAUGCAUAUAGCACCUUGUCAAGUGAAGCAAAAUCACUCAUCUGAAUUCUCAUUCCUCACACCAGGGCUGGUACUGGGCCGCUGACUGCCUGUGUGACUGAUAAAUGAAAGGACAAAAUGGCUGGCACUGACCUGUUCAAAUCCUUCACAAUUAAGGGCGUAAACUUGCAUCAUUAUUGAUAGUGAGAGUAAUAAACAUGAACUAUAUUUAUUAAUGAAAUACUUAAAGGUGUAUGUUAAAAUGAAGGACCUUAACAGUUUUAUUUAUGUUGUCAUAGUGACAUAAUAAACCUUUAGUUUGAUUACUUUAUCUCUUGCAGACAUGGGAGAAAGAAAAUCCAGUAUUUAAUUAUGACACCAAGUGCUCAGACUGAAUCGAUAAUAUGGGUGGGUGUGUGUGUGUGUGUGUGUGUGCGCGCACGUUAAUCUGUUCGUCACUUGAAUCAUCUGAAUGUAAAAUAUGGCAAAAUGAAAUCCUGCUGUAUGGCCAUACGUUUGUGUACAGUACAUUGAGUUAUCUUCAUUAGUUUGUAUUGACAUCAGAGAGCGAGAUUUGUUAUUGCAUCGUAAAUGUAUGCAACACAUAUUCUAACUGUUUGUUUUUAAAUGAACACAAACAGAAGAAGACAAAGGAGCAAAUGAAGUUGUUUAUUUUGGGUAACGGAGGAAAGAAACUUUAUUUUUCAGGGACUGAUGUGUUCUAUUCUACAGAACAGACUGUACUGUCAAAAAGAGAAAAUAAAAACAAACACCAAC